CAAGCAGACAAUCUCUAAUCAUCCUUUUAACCGACCGUGAAGAAGACAAGAACAUGAAGCAAAAGAUCCUCAUAAGAGUUGCUAUGACUGAUGACCCAACUAGAGCAAAAGCAAUGAAAACUGCGGUUCAGUUUAAAGGCGUGAACGCUGUGGAAAUAAAGGGAGAUCACAUGAACCAGAUUGAGGUGACCGGUGUUGAAGUCGAUAUGAUCGCUCUAAUCAACACACUCAGGAAAAAGGUGGCAUUUGCGGAGCUUGUUAGCGUAGCUAAAGUUGAACCACCCAAGGAUGGUGACAAAAAGCCGGAAGAAAAGAAACCCGAAGAGAAGAAACCAGAAGAGAAAAAACCUGAGGAGAAAAAACCCGAGCCAUGUUGUCAACCAUGGCCUUAUGGAUACGGUGUGCCAUCUUCCUAUCCCUACCCGUGUGAUCCCUACAAUCAGAUCGGGGAACCCGUCUACAAUCAAGAUCCCAAUUGCAGGAUCAUGUGAGAUAGGUUUCAAGUGGAAGACUGACGGAGGAGAUAGCAGUUUUUCUAUACUAAGAUUUUCAACAAGUUAAUGCACUUUGAUAGUCAGAUUUGUUACAUGAAUAAAAAAAGCCUCGAGCU